AUGUCUCGGCUUUUGAUUGCUACACAGCAACAACUCCCGGCAUCCCACGCUUCCCCAGAGCGCCCUCGCUCACACUUUAGUCUUCAAGAUGUUCAUGAUCUUCCGCCACGUCAACCUCGAUCGACUUUCCUAGCCGUCGGCUCACCCUUCACCCACCAUCCUAAUAAUCGAUCCACCCACUCGCUACCUCACGCUUCCUCGCCAGUCUCUCCAUUGCCCCAAACCUUCGUCUCAUGCUACCACCAAAGGCAAUACGUGCCGCCAAUCUACUUCCCCAUGCGCCACCACCACCUCCUCCAGAAAUCUAACUGGGUCCCUCCCACCACGGCGGACGUGCCAACGUUGCUCUGCGGGGUCCUCCCCUGGCCGUUGGGUAGGUAUUCCGUCACGCCGUACUACCGGCCUGGCAACGCUUCACCCCAAAUCCGCAAUGAUACUGGCUUUUCUUUUUUCUUCAUCGUUGGUCGAACGACAUUGGGUUCAAAACCUCGAGGUAAGACUCCAGAUUACCUAACGUACAGCCCGGCCGCCUCAUCUGGGGGGGAAGGAUCACGACAAAAAGCGUUCCUUAUCUUGCUAGGUCGAUGCUGCCGACAUUGUUUGAGCCAAAUUGGCACUCCACAAACUUGUCCUUUGACCGACAAACACAGCUUCCAUUCAUUUCAUUCCGUUCGGAUAUUCCGCCCGGACCUAGCGCGAGGAGAUGCCACGCCUCGGGAGCCAUAUCCCAUAUUCCGCCUGAGAGUCUUGGCCAAUGGCGGUGACCCAAUUUCAGAUCGAUCAAUUUGA